GAAAACCACUGCUUCUACGGCUCUGCCCAAAGUCUGUUACUCUUCUAGCGUUUGAGGGUUUAUUGAACAAUUUAGCAGCAUAUUCCGGCCGGCGGCGGACGGCGGCGGACGGCGGACGGCGGAAUACAUAAUUACGGUGAUUUUUCUUCAUAAACAAGCUCCUCUCCUAUCCCAGACAAGUACACAUCUUGCAUUCAUUUCUUAAUCAGAACAGAUUUUGCAUUACGUAGUGAUUAACGAUAGAGUUUUGCGUACUGUUCAUUGUUCAACGUUGUUCUGUUAAUAAGAGCAGAGUACUGAUUUGAUAGGAGAAAAAUUAGGGUUUUUGUUGGUAGAGCAAAAUUGGUUUCUUUACAGCGACAACUCCAAUUAGGUUAACCCAUUUCAAAAUUCGAAUUCGAAUUCGAGAUUACCUAACCCUAAACACCGGCCCGGCCCGGCCCGUACAAAAGCCUUUGCUGCCGCUGCGGCAAUAAUUCCGAUGAAUUGCAGUACUGACGAAACGGCUACAGUUUCAUCGGAGUGCUGGAAAAUCAUCCACAUUCCGGAGAAAGAUCCAGUUCUUCCCCACCUACAGACUACUGUGGAUGUACUUGCUUCCACAGUUGAGCCUAAGCAUGCCAACACUAUAAUGAAGAAGUUAAGUCAUAUAGCACCAUUGGAAGAUCUCCGCCAUGUGAGGCGCAUACGGAAGACUUGUCUUGAUGAAGGUAAAUAUCAAUUAUCUGUGAUCUUAUGUGUGGCCUUUGGAAACGAUGGUGAGCCCAACUGUAUGCCAGAGGAUUUGGUGGAGCUUGUGAAUACGUACCAGUUGAGUACUUUCACUACAAAAGUAUGCAAAUAUGCUCCAUUGACAAAAGAAGAAUGGCAAGAACAAUGCAAACUGUGGCCAACUUCUUUUCAUCCACCCACCUACAAUAUCGAUGGCAUAACUGGAUUUAGUGAAGAGGAUUCUUUAUCAGUUUUCAACUACAUGAAACUUGCAGUUCAUAUGGCAAAGUCCGGUAUCUCGGUUGUCAAUGCUGCUGUUAUAGUCGAUCCUUUGACUAGACUGGUUAUUGCUAGCUCGUGUGACCAGGUCUUGUCUUGCAAUGCUCUUUCAGACAGUACUAAAAUGGACAAAGAUUCAAUUUUGCUGUCAAGAUGUUCGACCAACGAAGCAAAUGAAUCUUUUAAAAACGUCUCUUGUCUAUACCCUUUGGAGUGGAUUGAGCAAAAACCACAUUUAAAUUAUAAUAAUGGCUAUUGGCACCCUUUAAGACAUGCUGCCAUUGUAGCAAUUGAAAAGUCUGCUGCAAGAGAUAGACUUCUCUUUCCUAUGAAUGGACAAGGUGCAGAGUUAGCUCGAGAAGAAGAUUAUAUUGUGUCUUCUCCAACAUGGUCGCCCUCAAAAAGGCAAAAGAUUGAUUCAAUUGUAAAGGAUGACGAAGCAAGAAUGAACAAUCACACGAAUGGCUUGCAUUGUGACUCGACGAAACCUUAUUUAUGUACUGGCUACGAUAUAUACUUUGUGUGGGAGCCAUGCACUAUGUGUGCUAUGGCGAUUGUGCAUCAGAGGGUAAAACGGGUAUUUUAUGCCUUCCCGAACCCGAAUGACGGGGCAUUGGGAAGUGUUCACAGAUUGCAGGGAGAGAGAAGCUUGAAUCAUCACUAUGCUGUUUUUAGGGUUCUACUUCCUCAAGACAUCCUUAAAAAUUGAUCGGUUUAUUUUAUUAACUCAAACUAUUAUUUUUGUAGAAUUAGUGUUUCGAGGUUUUGUAGAACCUACAAAUAUUGACUUUAUUAAAAUUUAUUUAAAAUAUCUUAAAUACUUAUCGUCACUCAGGCUUUUGUUCUUAGUGCUCGAUUGACUAUUUUACCCCGAGGCUCUCAAGAAAUUUCCCAAGGAGUACUCAAACGAAUGACUGGAGAAAAAACUGGUGUUAUUGUCUUUCUUAAAUUUAUUUUUAGUGACGGAUUGUUCGUAAUUUAGUAUGAACAAGAAGAAGCUGCUACUGAAUAUCGUUUAAAAUUUCUAAAGGUAAUUAAAAAUGGCAGCUUUCCAUGCAGCAAGAAUGUGCCCACUCGUCGUUUCCAAAUCAUCUGAAAGAUACAAUGAUUCUUGGGAGUGUUUACUCGUUCCCGUCAAGCUUCUGGAACGACGAAUGGUGAAGCGAAACAACGUGGCUGUGGGGUGUGUAAUGGUUGGUAAAUCAUAUUUUCGACGGAAUUCAGAUAUGCUCACCCACCUUCGACGAUGAAAAAAAAAGAGAGAUGAUGUAGGAGAGCAAUUUGUGGGUAAUUUUGUGUUCUCAGAGCUAGAGGGGGGAAAGUGUCUUUGACUUAAAACUCAUGGGGGGUUUUGAGAGAUGUUUUAUAUCAUAGGGACUCGUUCUGCAGUUAGAUAUUUUACAGGGGUAAUUUUUGCAAAUAGAGCUAGAGGUGAGAAAGUGUCUUUGACUUAAAACUCAUGGGGAGUUUUGAGAGAUAUUUUAUCACAGGGACUCGUUCUGCAGUUAGAUAUUUUACAGGGGUACUUUUUGCAAAUAGAGCUAGAGGGGGAAAUGUGUCUUUGACUUAAAACUCAUGGGGGUUUUUGAGAGAUAUUUUAUCACAGGGACUCGUUCUGCAGUUA